GGCUUUCCUCCCAUCCCAGAGAGCCACCUGGAGAACUCUGACAGACAGGACACAGUGGAUCAUAUGGUGGAGAGUUACGGCCCUGAGAGAGCUGUGAAGAUCACAUGGAGGAUCCUUAGGAGGAUGAAGCUGGAUGAUCUGGCAGAGAAGUUACAGAGAGAUUACAGUGGAGUUCUACUGCUGACCACUCUGGAGGAGCUCACUGAAGAACAGCUGAAGACAUUUCAGUCUUGCCUGACUAGUUGCUGGAUGUUAGGCUUUCCUCUCAUCCCAGAGAAACAGCUGAAGAACUCUGACAGACAGGAGACAGUGGAUCAGAUGGUGAAGAGUUACGGCCCUGAGAGAGCUGUGAAGAUCACAUGGAGGAUCCUUAGGAGGAUGAAGCUGGAUGAUCUGGCAGAGCAGUUAGAGAGAGAUUACAGUGGAGGUAUUCCCACUGCCCCAUACCAGUCCUUUUUCCAACCCAGGCCCUUCUACGGCGCAAUACACCCCCUUCUCUCCAGCUCCCCCUCCUUCCUGUUGUCAUUAUCUUCUGCUGGUAGCUCAGGACACCUCAGUUCACAGAGACCCUCAAUUACAUAUCCUGUUCCAGCUCUGCUACUGACCAGUCUGGAGGAGCUCACUGAAGAACAGCUGAAGACAUUUCAGUCUCACCUGACUAGGGGCCAGCUGCCUGACUGUCCUCCCAUCCCAGAGAGACAGCUGGAGAACUCUGACAGACAGGACACAGUGGAUCAGAUGGUGAAGAGAUUCGAACAUGAGGGAGCUGUGAGGAACACACUAAUGAUCCUGAGGUUGAUGAAUCGAGUAGACCUAGCAGAGAAGUUAGAGAGGGAUCACACUAGAGCUCUGCUGCUGAACUUCUGGAGGAGCUGAACAUAAACGAGCUGAAGACAUUUCAAAACUACCUGACUAGUGACAAGCUGCUGGGCUUUCCUCCCAUCCAAAGAGCCAGCUGAGGAACACUGACAGACAGGUCACAGUGGAUCUGAUGAUGAAGAGUUACGGCCCUGAGAGAGCUGUGAAGAUCACACUGAGGAUCCUGAGGUGGAUGAAUGAGCAUGAUCUCACUGAGAAGUUACAGAGUGAUCACACAGAAACCGCCGGCCCUGAGGAAGCUGUGGAGAUCCACCGGAGAUCCUGAAGAAGAUGAACUGGGAUGAUCUGUCAGAAAGAAAAAGAGAGAGGUUCCAGUGCCCCCGUGCAGGUCUGUUCCAGUGCAGUAUAACAGGCCUGGUGUUUAGGAUGGAGGGAGAGGGAGAGGUGCUCUAUAGUACAGUCUCCUGGAACAGGAGGCUUCUAGCCAAGAAUGACAAGAGACCUGCAGGACCCCUGUUCAAGUUUACAUGCCUUAAGGGGUCUGUCUGUCAACUACACCUCCCACACUGUGAGAUCUGCCCUGGUGGUGGAUGUGACUUCCUGUCCGUAGGCCAUGUGACUAAUGAUCAUAACAUUGAGUUCAUCCUCCCCAUGAGAUAACAGAAACACACGUCAUAAUAAACAUCACUGGAUUCUGUGAUUAUGGCCUCACCAAGGAUAAGGAUGCUCCCAUGUCCCUAUCAAUGGACUUGUGUUGUUGUUCUUCAAACCAUCAAAUGACCUAUAUGUCUUGUUGCUUCCCAAGAACGUUGUGUUGGAUGAGGUGGAAAAGAAGUGGAAGGAUCGGGGGCAGUGUUGAAUUUAACCUCCUGACUGUG